AACAAGUAUAUACACCAAACCAAACCAUACCAUACCAAACCAAUCACCCACUCCCAAACCAAACCAAACCAGCCUUUCUAUCCUCAUUUUUGCUCUCUCACUCUCACAGAGUGAAACCUCAAACCAAACAUUUGGUGAAUAUUACACUGAGAGGAACAACCUGUUAACAUUAGUCUCUCAAAAUGCGUCUUCUUCUACUCCUUUUUCUUGUUCUUCUCAUGCAUUUUACUGCCUCUAAACAAAUCCGUUUACCGGAAUACCAGGCUUUACUUGCCCUGAAAACAGCCAUUACAGACGACCCACAGUUAACCCUUUCCUCAUGGAACUCUUCCACCAGUCACUGCACAUGGAACGGUGUCACGUGCGACAGGUACCGUCACGUAACUUCUCUUAACAUUUCCGGUUUUAACCUCACCGGAACUCUUCCACCUGAAAUUGGAAACCUCCGUUUCUUACAAAACCUCUCCGUUGCUGUUAACCAGUUUACCGGUCCCAUUCCUGUUGAACUCUCCUUAAUCCCAAAUCUACGUUACCUUAAUCUUUCUAACAACAUAUUUGGCAUGGAGUUCCCUUCCAACUUAACCCGUCUUCAUAACCUUAAAGUCCUCGACCUUUACAACAACAACAUGACAGGUGGCUUACCAGUUGAGGUUUAUCAAAUGACGAACCUUAAACAUCUUCACUUAGGUGGGAACUAUUUCGGUGGUCGCAUUCCACCUGAAUAUGGAAGGUUUCCAUUCCUAGAAUACCUUGCUGUUUCAGGCAAUGAACUUGUUGGAGUUAUCCCACCUGAGAUUGGAAACCUAACUACGCUUAAGGAGUUGUACUUAGGGUACUACAACACUUACUCCGGUGGGAUUCCACCGGAAAUAGGGAACUUAUCUGAGCUUGUUAGGUUUGAUGCUGCUAACUGUGGACUUUCCGGCCAGAUUCCGGCGGAGAUUGAGAAGCUUCAAAAUCUUGAUACACUUUUUCUUCAAGUUAAUUCUUUAGCUGGUUCUUUAACUAAGGAGAUUGGGUAUCUAAAAAGCUUGAAAUCUUUGGAUCUAUCGAAUAACAUGUUUUCCGGUGAGAUACCGGUGACAUUUGCUGAGCUUAAGAAUAUUACGCUUCUUAAUCUGUUUAGGAAUAAGCUUCAUGGUUCGAUUCCUGAGUUUAUUGGGGAGUUGCCUGAUUUAGAAGUGUUGCAACUUUGGGAAAACAAUUUUACUGGAAGUGUUCCACAGGGGUUGGGUACUAACAGUAAGCUUAAGAAUGUUGAUCUUAGUUCUAAUAAAUUGACAGGAAAUUUACCCCCAAAUAUGUGUGCUGGGAACAAUUUGCAGACAAUAAUAACUCUAGGGAACUUCUUGUUUGGUCCAAUUCCUGAAUCUUUAGGUAAGUGUGAAUCACUUAGUAGGAUUAGAAUGGGUGAGAAUUAUCUCAAUGGAUCAAUUCCUAAGGGGUUGUUAAGUUUGCCACAUCUCUCACAAGUUGAACUUCAGAAUAAUCUUCUCACUGGUACAUUUCCUGAUACUUCUUCUAAAUCUACCAGUCUUGGACAGAUUAGUCUUUCCAAUAAUCGCUUAACUGGACCUUUGCCACCAAGCAUUGGAAACUUUGCUGGAGUUCAAAAGUUGCUUCUUGACGGGAACAAAUUUUCGGGGCGAAUUCCAGCUGAAAUAGGAAAGCUUCAACAGUUAUCCAAGAUUGAUUUCAGUGACAACAAACUUUCUGGAUCCAUUGCAAAGGAGAUUAGCCAGUGCAAGUUGCUAACUUAUGUUGAUCUAAGCAGGAACGAUCUUUCAGGUGAGAUUCCUACUGAGAUCACAGGUAUGAGGAUACUCAACUACUUGAACUUAUCAAGAAACCACUUAAUUGGGAGUAUUCCUGCGCCUAUUUCUAGUAUGCAGAGUUUAACUUCUGUUGAUUUUUCAUAUAACAACUUUUCUGGUUUAGUUCCUGGAACGGGGCAGUUUAGUUAUUUCAAUUACACCUCAUUUCUGGGCAAUCCAGAUCUUUGUGGACCUUACUUAGGUCCUUGCAAAGAGGGUGUUGUUGAUGGGGUUAAUCAACCUCACCAACGAGGAGCCUUAUCGCCUUCAAUGAAGCUUUUACUUGUUAUUGGUUUGCUUGUGUGCUCUAUUGUGUUUGCUGUUGCUGCAAUUAUAAAGGCCCGAUCUUUAAAGAAGGCAAGUGAGGCUCGUGCCUGGAAGCUCACUGCUUUCCAGCGCUUGGAUUUUACUUGUGAUGAUGUUUUGGAUAGCUUGAAGGAGGAUAACAUUAUUGGAAAAGGAGGUGCUGGUAUAGUCUACAAGGGGGUAAUGCCAAGUGGGGAACUUGUUGCGGUUAAAAGGUUGCCGGCUAUGAGCAGGGGUUCCUCUCAUGAUCAUGGGUUCAAUGCUGAGAUACAGACUCUUGGGAGGAUCAGACACAGGCACAUUGUUAGAUUAUUAGGAUUUUGCUCGAAUCAUGAGACAAAUCUUUUGGUGUAUGAGUACAUGCCUAAUGGAAGUCUUGGGGAAAUGCUUCAUGGAAAGAAAGGUGGUCAUUUACAUUGGGAUACCAGGUAUAAGAUAGCUGUGGAGGCUGCGAAGGGUCUUUGCUAUCUCCAUCACGAUUGCUCUCCUUUGAUCCUCCAUCGUGAUGUGAAAUCAAAUAAUAUUCUGCUGGACUCCAACUUUGAAGCUCAUGUUGCUGAUUUUGGACUUGCUAAGUUCUUGCAAGAUUCAGGGACAUCAGAAUGCAUGUCUGCUAUUGCUGGUUCUUAUGGGUACAUUGCUCCAGAAUAUGCUUACACACUAAAGGUUGAUGAGAAGAGUGAUGUAUAUAGCUUUGGUGUGGUGCUAUUAGAAUUGGUAAGUGGCAAAAAGCCAGUUGGAGAGUUUGGUGACGGUGUUGACAUAGUCCAAUGGGUUAGGAAAAUGACUGACGGGAAAAAGGACGGCGUUCUCAAAAUCCUUGACCCAAGACUCUCAACGGUUCCCAUUAAUGAGGUGAUGCAUGUUUUCUAUGUCGCAUUGCUGUGUGUAGAAGAGCAAGCUGUGGAACGCCCCACCAUGCGAGAAGUAGUGCAAAUACUAACUGAGCUUCCUAAGCCACCAGGUGCAAAAUCAGGUGACUCAACUGUCACUGAUCAGUCGCCCCCACCAUCAGCCUCUGCAUUAGAGUCUCCAACCUCAAUUCCAGGGGACUUUAAAGACCAACAUCAGCCAACACCUCAAUCACCUCCACCUGACCUACUCAGUAUCUGAUUUGCAAUGUUCUUGAAAUAGGAGUGGUUUCUUUAGUUUGAUUAUUCUCUAGUUCUAUUAUGAAUUAUUCUAGCUUUUGUUCCUUUUUUUAAAAAGUUGGGUCUUUUUGGGGUAAGGUAAGGGGUUUAUUCUAACUCUAAGGUGGGUUUAAUGCUCAGAAGUUUUCCUCUUGUACAGUAGAUUGGUGGGGUUUUCUCAAGUGUCGCAAGUAAUGGAAAAUUACCCUUCAUUUUGCUA